UAGAAGUUACCUCUUACCUCCCAAAAACAAAUCUCUCUCUCUCUCUCUUUCUACAUCGCCGACGAGGCAGGAACGACGACCAAUUGAGACGUUGACCCUUAAUCCGAUUUUCAGCAGAUUUGAUUGUUUUUUGAACAAUCUCUCUUUCUUUCUUUCUCUCUUUGGUCCAGAAUAAGAAAAGUCUCUUCUUUCUUCGUCUUCUUGGAUCUCUCGUGUUUGUAAUCUCUCAAUCCCUGAAAUUUAUAAAAAAUCAAAUCAAAGAGGGGAGUUUUACAUCAGAUCUGGCGAAUGGAUAGCAGUUACUCUGUGAUCUCCAAAACUUCUUACGUUGAGUUACAGAAACCAUCUAAUGAUAAUAAUGGAAUCCCUGGAAAGCCCAGAAACAAGUUGCUUGCUUCUGACGAAGAAAGCUUCGUUAACGAUUUUGACGAUACCCUCCGCAACGGUGCCGGCGAUGAAGAAGGUGAUGAUGAUCUCGAUUUCGAUAUCUCUGCUUAUCCACUCGUUCAUGGCAAGUCAUCAUCAUCCAAUCAAGGAUCUGGUGUCUACGGUGCCGUUUUUAACCUCACCACCUCUAUUAUCGGCGCCGGGAUCAUGGCAUUGCCCGCCACCAUGAAAGUCCUCGGCUUGGUUCUAGGGUUUGUUUUGAUUAUCCUCAUGGCCAUCUUGUCUGAGAUUAGUGUUGAGCUCCUCGUUAGAUUUGCCGUUCUUUACAAGUCCAGAUCUUACGGCGAGGUUGUUCAAUCCGCAUUGGGCAAAACCGCUAGGGUUUUGUCCGAGAUUUGUAUCAUUGUCAACAACGGUGGUGUCCUCGUUGUUUAUCUGAUUAUUAUGGGGGACGUCAUGUCUGGUUCUCUUCAUCACAUUGGGGUUUUGGAUCAAUGGUUAGGGAAUGGUUUCUGGGAUCACCGUAAAGUUUUGAUUUUGAUUGUUAUGGUCAUCUUCUUGGCUCCUCUCUGUGCUUUGAACAAGAUUGAUUCCUUGAGCGUUACAUCAGCUGCUUCUGUUGCUCUUGCUGUUGUCUUUGUGGUUGUCUGUUUUGCUGUCGCCACCAUUAAGCUCAUCGAAGGAACCAUCGACCCUCCUAGGAUGACUCCUGAUUUUGGUUCCAAAAAGGCAAUCUUGGACCUUCUUGUUGUCAUUCCCAUUAUGUCCAACGCUUACGUUUGUCACUUCAAUGUCCAGCCGAUCUAUAACGAGCUCGAAGGCCGAUCACCUCAUAAGAUGAACCGAGUUGGGAGAAUCACAACAGCCAUUUGUGUUGUUGUCUAUGCUUCAACUGCUAUAUCGGGUUAUCUCCUCUUCGGCCAGGACACCGAAUCAGACAUCUUGACCAACUUUGAUCAAGAUCUCGGUAUCCGUUUCAGCUCUGCGGUGAACUACAUUGUCAGAAUCGGCUACAUUCUACAUCUAGUACUCGUCUUCCCCGUGAUCCAUUUCUCCUUGAGAGAAACCGUCAAUACCUUACUGUUUGAAGGAUCGCCUCCUCUAUCCGAAAGCAAAAAGAGAUCAUUUGGGCUAACUGUGGUCUUGCUGGCUCUUAUUUACAUUGGCUCAACGAUGAUCCCAAAUAUAUGGACAGCUUUCAAAUUCACAGGCGCAACAUCAGCAGUUUCGCUUGGUUUUACAUUCCCUGCUCUUAUCGCAUUACGGUUAGGGAAACAGAGCAAUACAUUAAGCCUCGUCGAAAGAUCUGUGUCGUGGUUGAUGCUAAUCUUGGCCAUUGUGGUUAGCAUUGUUGGAACCCUUGGCAAUAUAUACAGCCUCAGGAGCAAAUCAGAUUGAUACUAUUAGCAAGUUUUUUUCAGGAUCUUGUAGAUUUUUAUACAAAUCAAAGAUUCUCAGUCCAAUACCGAACCGGAAAUCUUCAGUUUUGCGACAGCUACAUGCAGCACCUUUAGGAUCUCUCAAUCAAUGGCGUUUGGUUCAGACUAAAGCCUCAAAGAUUUCCGGUUUGUGAAUUCUCUAUGUAUACGAACCAGAUUCUUGUGAUAUAUUAUUACAUGUAUACGCAUUUUUUCUGUUUUUUUUUUUAAUUAACAAUCUCCUUUAUCUGGCAAGUUUCUUUUCUCCUUAUAUACUAGUAUAUCCUUGGAUCGUU